AUGCGUUUGCGACUUUGGUUAUCUGAGUUCCAAGCGGAGGAUAUCAUCACCCGGGAUGUCGCCAUCCUUGGAGGUGGUUCCACGGGCACAUACGCUGCUGUCCAAUUGAGGGAACGAGGACACAGCGUGGCGCUGGUCGAGCAAAAGGCUCGCUUAGGGGGUCACGCUGAAACGCUGUAUCUGCCGAAUGGGAAAUACGUUAAUUAUGGGAUAGAGGGAUUUUUCAACAAUGAGCUUACCAAGGACUAUUUUGCCCAGCUGGAUGUCGACUACGAACCUCUCCUUCCUGGCUCAAUCAUCACGGAACAUAUCAACUUUAACACGGGCAAACGGGUCCUUCCCGGAGCUGGUAUUCUAGGAACCGUCGCUGGAGCCGCUUUAUACCGUGCCUCCAUCGAGCAAUUCAACUAUCUCGCCACCGGUGCCUAUUACCUUCCUGACGAGGUCCCCGAAGUCCUUCUCCGCCCAUUCCGGGAAUUCGUCGAGAGCCACGCUAUACAAGGUGCCUUGGAAGUGAUCUUCACAUUUGCAGAGAAUGUGGGAAACCUCCUCGAAACCCCAUUGCUCUACGUAAUUCAGAACUUCGGUAUCCCUCAAAUCGAUGCGCUACUGCAAGGCGGGUACAUUCGACCCAAGAACGGCACGGACGUGCUAUUCGACAAGGCCGCCAACUAUAUCGACGAGCAAAAUAUCUUCUACGAAACAACCGUCUCGCAGGCCACACGUAACUCCACCGGUGUCGAGUUAGUUGUCGAAAGUGCUGAUGGGCGCCGGAAACUCAUCAGAGCAAAGAAACUCCUAGUCACAUUUCCGCCUACUCUCUCCAGCCUGCAGGGGUUUGAUCUUCGUACUGAUGAAUCGUCACUGUUUUCCAAAUGGACCCACAAGAACUAUUACGCCGCUGCCAUCACCAACACCGGUAUCCCCCCUGGUAUCAACGUCGCCAACACCAACCCCGAUAACCAACCCGGCAGCCUCCCUCUGCCUCCAUUCAUCUGGGCGUUGGAGAACUCCGGUCUCCCAGGAUACUACAUGGUUAAGAUUGUGGCCGAAGCAGAUUUCACCGCUGAGGAUGCGAAACAGCUGAUCAAGUCUGACCUGCAACGCAUGGGAGAGGCUGGCACCUUUGACACUAAAGAGCCUGAAAUUGCAGCAUUUGCAUCACAUUCACCUGAAACCUUAAUGGUGUCUGUCGAUGAUGUGAGAGAUGGGUUCUAUAAAAAGCUAUAUGCUUUGCAGGGGCAGCAGAGCACGUAUUAUACCGGGUAUACUUUCUGUACAGAUUACUCGACGCCACUGUGGAAUUAUACCUCCAGUGUGCUGGAUAUGAUGGGAAUUUAAUAAUAUGUAAUUAGAUAGACG